GCCAGCUGGACGUGCCGCGCGUUGAAUGCUUUAUAAUAUUUUUUUUUUUACAAAAACGAAUCGCGUACACGUUUUGUCCUUAAUUGGGUUCAUAUUUUAUGAGUAGGCAGCAUACAAUAAUCAACUACAAACUUUUGACACCUAUAUACGUAUGCAAACUUAGCCGCGCGCCCACUUCCGUCCUUUUACAAACACUGAAGUUGAAAAGUACCUAGAGAUUGCAACUCAUAAACUUACAUACAUACAUACAUACAUAACUUCAUACGCACAGCGCACACAGUGAUGACCUGGUUUAGUGGCAUAACUGCGUCGUAUGUCAGUGACUUCCGGUGUAAACGGAAGUUUCACGGCUAUUUGUUUCUGGCAUGUGCUUUACUGUUGAUUGCGGUGCCAGUAAAUUCACGUCCGAAGGAGACGGAGAGCGAUGUUGUCGUACCUGUGGAAGAUGGACUACCACUGAGCGAGGAGUAUGGGGAUGCCGACAACAUUGAGUUUCACCAAGCUAAAAUGGUGAACGGCAUUUUGAAGGAGGAUCAUCCGGUUAUUAUGUAUAAAGAGGACUUUGUUAGCGAAGAUUUUGUACCCAAAAAGAACAACACUCAUCGCCAGCGUAAACAUAAAGAUCCAGCUCAUCGGCGUCGUCGCAUUGGUGAUCACUUCAGUGCUGAGAAAUAUCAUCCCUUGGAACCGGAAAAAAUUUAUUUCGAUAUAUUAUCGCCAUCACCGCUCGUUACUUCGGAUGAAUCGAAAGCUGCAUCAUCGAAGUUGCACGUCGAAGUCAUCUCUUUGGCUGAUGCCGAUUCAAAAAUGGUGCAAAGCGAUGAUGAAGUGAAGCGUGUGCUCCAUAAGCGACCGAAAAAAUUCCAUCAUCGUCGUCAACGUCGUGAUGCGGACACAAUAUCGCAGAAUGAACAUAUUCUGCGCAAACGCAAUCCAUACUAUAGCUUUAGAAAAGUGUCCACCAAUGCCAAUAGCAUAAGUGGACCAGCGCAUAUAGCCAAUUAUUACUUGCCAAGUUAUCCACCAGUUAAACGUUUUGAAAAACAUCCAGUUCCUGGCGAUUACUUUAACGGCCCUGUUAAUGUCAUUCAGUUUGCGUCAAGAUUUGGUGGACCCUCCAAUACUGACCGCGUAAUUUGGCGUGAUUAUACACCAACAAGAAAUCCAAAUCAACGUUUAAAUAUCACGAUUGGAGCGCCAGCACCGCUUUUUCCUAAGCGCACCUCGCCCUCACCAUUACCAGCAGUAACAGCAGGACCCCCUAGCCGAACAACUGCUCAACCAAGCUUCGCUAAUGAGGGAUCUGUUCAUCAUUCCGUAAUCACCGAUGCGCCCGCCCAAUAUCCAACAGCAGCUCCACCAAAACCACCAUCUUCCUCCUCAGCCUGCGUUUGGGCUAUCGCUAGCUGCUGCUCGCCAAACGAUCGGACUGUGCGGUAUAGUUGCUUCGAACGCUAUGGUUGUAAUUUAGUCUUUUUUGAUUUGAAUCCUUGCGCAGAUAAUAUUCGCGAUAAUAUCAUCGGAUAUUUGAAUCAACAAUACGAAUAAAUUUCGAAGAGUAUUUAUUAGGCGUAUGGGAGUUUUAAUUUUCACAAAAAGCAUUUAUUAACCAUAGUUUUUAUUUAAUUUGUAAGCUUAAGCUAUUUUUAAAGAGUUGUUUACUUUUGGUUUUAAUUUAUAAUACUUUUUGUGCCCCUUUUUUAUUUAAUGUAUUUAGGUUUUAGUUUAUGAAUAUAAUGAAUGUUUUUUUUAAAGAUGUUAUUCUAACUGCCUUAAACGUAUAUUAGAUAAGUGUGCUUUAAAAUUUUAAGUGAGCUAAUUACUCGACGACUUCAUCCUAAACUGAAGUGUUAAAUUUGAAAAAAAAAACGAAUAAAACUUGUAAAUCUUCUUAGUGUAACAACGAAC